CUACAAAACACACAUCUGCAGCGAAUUUUUGUUUAAGUUAAUUUCAAUUGUACAUUGGGAGUCUUUACGUAUCCAUUUUGUCAGAAUCGUCAAAGCUCAAAUAAGAUAAGAAGUUAUCGUCUUAAUUUGUCGAGUUUCCUCUCGUGCGGAAGUAAAUACGAAAAAUGGCAAUUGCAGCUGCAAAACCCAAAAAAGGACAGAAGUUUGUUUUUAAUGAUGAAGGUGAAGCUGUUGUAGACUCCAAACCGGUAGGAGUUAGAUUUGACCCUGGUAUUCCUUGGUAUAAUUUAGAGUUGUCGCAACUACAGCCGACCAAGAAACCGGUUUCCUCUGGGAAGGCCGCUGAAUUGGAGCAACGAGGUCUCCUUCUCUUACAACAAGAUGCUGAGCGUUUUUCAAAGUCACUGGAGACUGCAAGCACUGAUAAACGAAUGCUGCAAACUUUGAUUAGCUCAGGUACUACAAGCGAUCGUAUUUCUGCCUUAACUCUUUUGGUCCAGGAGUCUCCAAUCCAUGCAAUAAAACCUCUGGAAACAUUGCUAUCUUUAUGUGCAAAAAAGUCUCGUAACGAAAAUACCCAAAGUAUUACUACACUGAAGGAUCUCUUUUUGGGAGGUUUGCUACCAGAAAGAAAGCUACGUUUCAUGAAACAACAACCAUGUUUAGGAUCCCAAGGUGUCACUGAUGAACAUUUAAUGGUUUGGGCUUUCGAAAGCUUUUUGAAAACUUUCUAUUUCAAAUACAUUCAGCAUAUUGAAGUGCUUUCUUUUGAUCCACUUAUGUUUGUGAAAAGUCAGAUGCUUUCUACUAUUUAUGAUUUAUUAAAGGGAAAGCCCGAGCAAGAGCAAAAUUUAUUGCGCUUACUAGUUAAUAAGCUGGGUGAUAAGGACAAUAAAAUUGCAUCUAAGGCCUCCUAUUUAAUUCUUCAGUUGGAAGCAAAUCAUCCCGCAAUGAAGUUUAUUGUUACGAAAGAGUUGGAAAGAUUUGCUUUUGCCCCUACGACUUCGCGUACAAGCCAUUAUUAUACAAUGAUUACACUUAAUCAAACAGUUUUGACUCAUAAGCAAAUAGAAGUUGCGAACCUAUUGAUUGAAAUUUACUUCGUCUUUUUCACAAAGCUUUUAUUCGCUUUUGAAAAGGAAGAAAAUACAAAUAAGGAAGUUGAAAACGCGGAACCUCGUGGUGCCAAGGACAACAGAAAAGAUCAAAAGCGGAAAAAAGAUGCUGAGAUUCGUAAAGAGGCCCAGGAAAACUCCAACUCUCGUUUAGUUUCUGCAAUCCUUACCGGCGUUAACCGAGCUUAUCCUUUUGCUGAAAUUAACAGCGAGAGUUUUGAUAAGCACAUGAAUACUCUCUUCACAAUCACUCACACUGCUUCUUUUAAUACUGCCAUACAGGUACUCAUGCUAAUCUUCCAAGCUUCUUCCUCCAGGGACUCCAUUCCUGAUCGCUUCUACAAAAGUUUGUAUGAGUCUUUAUUAGAUCCUCGUCUUAUAAGUUCUUCAAAACACUCUCUUUACUUAAAUUUACUGUAUAAGUCUCUGGUUAUUGAUAAUAAUGUCGCCCGUGUCCGUGCAUUCAUCAAAAGAAUGGUUCAAGUUGCCGCUUGGCAGCAAGCGCCCCUUGUUACCGGUUUCUUCCAUGUCAUUCAACAAUUAGAAAACUCUAAUUCAACGCUUCGUGCAAUGUUUGAUAAACCUGAGAUGCACGAGUUUGAUGAUGAUGAAGAAGAAGUAUUUAAAGACAUCGAAGAGGAGGAAGAACAAGUCAACUCUGACGGCGAGCUAAAAUCAGAGAUUAAAGAUACCAAACAUGAGAAGAAAGAGGAAAAGCCCGUUGCCCCGAUCAAUUCCGACCUUACUAACGGAUACGAUGGACGGAAAAGAGACCCUCAGUAUAGUAAGGCUGAUCGCAGUUGUCUUUGGGAAAUUCACCCAUUCUUAACUCAUUUUCAUCCUACUGUAUCUAUGUUAGCAAAGCAAUUGGUUAACGGAGAAAAAAUUGAAGGAAAGCCAGAUUUGACCCUUCAUACUUUGAGCCACUUUCUUGAUAAGUUCGCAUAUCGUAAUCCUAAAAAGUCGGCUUCUGUCAAAGGUUAUUCUAUUAUGCAACCUCUUGCUGGCAGCAUUUCCAAAGGUAUUCUUUCUAUUGGAAGUGGUCAAGGUGGUGUACCUGUUAAUUCAGAUCAAUUUAUUGAAAAAGAAGAAAGUGAGAUUCCCGUCGACGAGUUGUUCUUCCAUCGUUUCUUCAAUGAUAAGUAUAUUAAAGGAAAGCAAUCUAAGAAGAAGAAGGUUAGCGUAAAUGAAGAAGGCGAGAUGGACGAAGAUGAAGUUUGGAAAGCACUUGUAGACUCCAAACCGAACUUGGAAAUGGAAGACGAAGAAAGUGAUUUUGAUGAAGAGGCUAUGGAUGAGGCAAUGGCUGAUUUGCCUGAUGAUGAGGAAGCUGCACAGUCCAAGGAGCCUUCUCCAGAAGCUGACGAAGACGUCGAUGAAGAUGAGAAUGAAGGUCAAAUGUUCUCAGACAAAGAAACUGAACCUCAAGAGACUGCCUCUGUUGCAAAUGAAGGUGAAUCUGAAGACGAAAUGCAACUAUUGGAGGACGAAGAAGAUUUGCUCCCGUUUGAGAAUGAUGAAGGCAACGAAUCUGAAGAGGAAGAGCAACCUGAACAGAAAGAAAAAACCUCUCGCAAAAAUAAGCGUAGAAAAAUUCUUAAAGACUUGCCUGUUUUCGCUGACGCAGAUUCUUAUGCUCAUUUGUUAAGCGGCAAUUAGUUGUCACAUAGUAUUCUUAUGGAUAGUUUCUUUUUAGGUUCAUACACGUAAAAAGAAGUAUCUACAGAUUGCUUCUAUGGGAAAAUUGUUGGAACUAUGGAAAAUGGGAUUUAUUUGGAUACACUGAAAUGGUGUUUUGUUUAAUAUAGGAUAUUUUUAUUUAGCUAAUAAAUAUGGAUUUUUGGUUGAUAAAGUAAUUGUUCAG